AACUUGAAAGCAGACCGAACAAUGAGUCACUGCCACAGCGUCUGCUAGCUUUAAUUGACGGUUGUGGGACACAUGAGGUUCUCAUGCAUAGCCGGUACUUCCUUGAAAUUUAGUUGCCGUCAUGUCGGACAGGAUGGCAGCGAUACUUGAUCGGUCUCAACCAAGAAGCCAUGGUGCAAGGCCAGAAGAUGGAGUUCCCAACAUGACUGUCAUCAGUGAUAUUGAUGAAAAUGGAAUCAAUAUAAAUUUGAAAACAAGAUAUCAAAAAGACAAGAUUUAUACAUUUACUGGAUCUAUUCUGGUGUCAGUCAACCCUUACAAAGAAAUCAAGAUAUAUGAACAGGAAAACGUCACUCAAUACAGUAAGAAGAAGAUAAGCCAGGUGGAGCCUCAUAUUUUUGCAAUAGCAGAGGCAGCCAUCCAAAACCUUCAAGAAACAGACAUCAACCAGUCGUGUAUUAUCAGUGGGGAAAGUGGUGCUGGCAAGACUGAGAGUACCAAGUUCAUCCUUCAAUAUCUGUGUUCUGUGACUAACCACACAUCAUUCUGGACUGAGCAGCAAAUUUUGGAAGCAAACACAGUUUUAGAGGCUUUUGGGAAUGCAAAAACUGUUAGAAAUGACAACUCUAGUCGUUUCGGAAAAUUCAUGCAGGUGUGUUUUGAUCAGCAUUGUCAAAUAAAAGGGUGCAUAGUACAAGAUUAUCUUUUGGAACAGUCAAGGAUCACAUUCCAGUCUCUGAAUGAGCGCAACUACCAUGUCUUCUACCAGUUAGUUGCAGGAGCACAAGCAAGUUCUGAGGUAGCACAGCAGUUCCAGCUUUGCCCACCACAGUCUUAUGCAUAUCUGAACCAGAGUGGAUGCUUUACCCUGCCAGGAGUAGAUGAUUCCACCAUGUUUGAUAACUUGCGCCUUGCUAUGAAUGUUCUUAACAUUCCAACAAAAAUGGUAAAUGGGAUUUUUUCAGUACUGUCAGCCAUUUUACUACUUGGAAAUUUAUCAUUUGAGGAUGAUGAAGGUGAAAAAACUGUCUUGACUGAAACAGAUAACAACAUUUUGACCGCUGUUUGCAAUCUGUUGGGAUUUGAAAUGGAUGGUUUGAGAGAUGCAGCAUUAUAUCGGCAAAUCCAAGUCCGUGGCACAGUUACAAGCAUACCCUUCAAGUUUCAAGAGGCAAUUGAGAACAGACAUGCAAUGGCAAAAGCAUUGUAUUCGCGCACAUUUGCAUGGUUGGUUGAUGCAAUCAACAAGUGUACAAACCCUGGAUCAAGUCAGACACACUUCAUUGGGAUUUUGGACAUAUUUGGUUUUGAAAACUUCCAGACAAAUAGUUUUGAACAACUAUGCAUAAACUACACCAAUGAGAAGCUCCACAGAUUCUUCAAUCACUACGUUUUUGCAUUGGAACAAGAAAAGUAUAGAGAAGAAGACAUAGAGUUUUCUCACAUCACAUUCACAGACAACAGCAAAUGUGUUGAAUUGAUUGAAAAGGCACCAAGAUGUGUAAUGAAGAUUUUGGAUGAAGAAUGCAGGUUUCCAAAGGGCACUGACAAGACCUAUCUCAACAAGCAACAUCAGGAGCUCGAUGACCAUGAACACUACAUGAAGGGUCAAGACAGGCGGGUUUGGGAACAGGAAUUUGGGAUCAGGCAUUAUGCUGGUAUCGUCAUCUAUAAUGCCACAGGUUUUCUUGACAAAAACAAAGACACUCAGCAAGACCAACUGUUUGAACUUAUGCAUAACUCAAACAGUGAAUUUGUGAAGGACCUCACCAGAUUUCAGGACCUUCUUGGAGUGAGAUUAGAAAUUCUUGAUGGAAGACAAACAAUAUCCCGCACUGCUCGUAAUAAACCAACGGUUGGCGAUACCUUCAAGCAUCAGUUAUCUGCCCUUGUUGAUGUCUUAGCUCUCACUAAUCCCUGGUAUGUGCGCUGCUUGAAACCAAAUGCUAUGAAAAAGGCAAAUGAAUUUGUUGAUGAUGACGUACUGACCCAGCUGCGUUACUCCGGGAUGCUUGAUAUCAUCAGAAUAAAGAGAGAGGGGUAUCCAGUUCAUAUGAAUGUCUCGACAUUCCUACAGAAGUAUGGGCUGCUGAUUGGCACAAGUCCCUUACAUCUAGAAGAAGGGGAUCCAAGAAGCUAUGUGAAAACCAUUUUGGAAGAAUUGAAGUUGCAAAAAACCGAAUGUCAGAUUGGCAUCACAAAGGUAUUCAUGAGAAACAGUGUUUUGGAACCUUUGGAGGAUCUUCGUUUCCAGUUCUUAACAAUCAAAGUGAUAUGCAUUCAGAAACACUGGCGUGGAUUCUGGCUCAGGAAAGGGUUUUUGGAAAAAAAACAUGCUGUAUUGAUUCUGCAAUUCAACUUUCGUUGCUUUCGUAGCCGACUGGCAUUUUUGAGGAAGAGGAAAGCUGCUGUCACCAUUCAGAGCUAUAUGCGUGGUGUUCUGGCAAGGCACACAGCACAGAUGUUGCUAGAAGAGAAAAGACUGGAAGAAAAGAGAAGACGUGAAGAAGAACAACAGCUUCUGAGAGUGCAAAAAGUUCAAGCAGAUGAGUGCUCCAUUCAGAAAACAAUCAGGGAAUCUCAGGUGGAAUUAGAAUCCUUGACAACCUUGAUUGAGUCCAUGUGGACCCACCAUCAGCCUGCAGUUACUCCUCACAGUCUUGACCUUGACAGCAUGUUUGAAUUCCUGCAAGAGGAAAAGGCAGAGCGAAAAGCUGCUGCUGUGGACAAGGAGGAGGCACUACAUGAGAUUAAUGAAGAAUUUGAUGUGCUGGGUUCUCUCCUUACUGAUGCUGAAGACACUCAUCACUUAUUGCAAGAAACACAGAAAGGACAGUUCCAGUCUGAAGUUGACAGACUUCACCGUCAUAGUGACCUCUACAUGAUGAUGGACAUCAUUCCACAACUAGCAGAACUCAGCUUGGUGUUCCAAAAGGAAGACCUGGAUAUUGCAGCAAUGCAUCCAGUCAUUGAUGGUGUUUAUUUAGUUAUUGAAACAGCAAAGUUGGGCAAGAGUUACUACCAACAGCUUCUUAAUAUGUCUCACACUAAGGUGAAGGAUGGGAAAAUGACAGUGAAUGUGUCAAACAGCACUGAAGGGAAAACUGUUAAGGCUGCCAAAGAAGAGUUUGUAAAGAGCAGAGAUGAUUUUCUGUGGAAAAACAGCCUCCUUUACAUGUCCUUCAGUGUGCAUGCCCCCACCCCAUCAAUACCCCCACCCCCAGCUCCACCCCUACCUCCACCUUCAAUUUCUGAGGAUCACAGACUUCAACAGCUACCAGCUCCACCACAAUCAUGUUAUCAAACAGAUGAGCUGCUCCUUGCCCAAACUGAUGGAAAUGAAAGUGGUUGGAAGACAGAUAUAGAUGGGUCAAGUGUUUAUCAAGAAAUCGGUCAUGGUGACUCAGGUCAGCUUAGUUUAUCGAAUCCACCACCACCACCACCACCACCACCUCCUCGAAGAGGAUCAACAUUGACGUCAGUUUCCCCGACACAUGAAACAGAAGAAAUGACUUUGUCGUUUCAAAUGAAUUUUACUGAGUAUGAAUCUCAUGGUAAUGAAGUAACUGAACUUUCUCCUGAUACAGAAGAAAAACUUUCUCAGCUUAUGGAACAACAUUCUGUAGACACCAGUAGCCCACAGACCACUGAUACUUUAGACAAACACAACUCGAGUGCAGAGAUUGACACUAUUCAUGAUAUUUUGGAGUUUGCUGGGAAGUACUUCAAUUCACACAUAAAAGAUAGUGGGGGAACACUUAUGAAGAGUUUGAAGAAACGAAGACAGUCAGAUGCAGAUCGUCUUACAAAAGGGGAAAUGCUUACAUUUUGUAAGUCAGGUCUCAUUCCAACUUCACUGGUUCAUUUACAUGACUGUGAAAAUGUCACUAUGGCCUGCAAUGUAUUCAAGGAAUUGACAAAGGUCAUGCGAGAUGAAAUGACGGAUGACUCUUCCAUGCAAAUUAUGCAGAUGAUAGUGAAAAUUGGAAUAGAACGUAUUGCACUGCGUGAUGAAAUAUUCUGCCAGUUGAUAAAGCAAACUAAUGGCAAUCCUGAGGCUGACAGUUUGGUUAUCGCAUGGAUCAUCUUUUGUCUGUGUACUGCAGCAUUUUCACCAAGUAAAAGCUUACACAAGUACCUGCUCUCCUAUGUGAAGAUGAAUUGCUCGGAUGCUCUUGUUGGAAAGUAUGCGCUGAUGUGUCACAAACACUUGACAGUUCCCCGUGUAUCCUCAAGAAAAUUGCCUCCAUCAGCAAUUGAAAUUAUGAGUGUAAGAGCAUUGAGCCCAAUUAUCUGUAAGGUGUAUUUCAUGGAUGGGAAGACAAAAGCUGUAACAGUCCUACCUUGUGACACAAGUACAGAGCUUUUGGAAAGACUAGCAGAAAAGAUUGGCCUUGGAAGUGUGGAAGGAUGGGCAAUUUAUGAGGUCACUGGAGAUACUGAAAGAUUUGUAAGGAGAUAUGAAUAUGUGAGUGACAUUCUGGCGCAGUGGGAACACUUGGAUAGACUGUCAGCACAACCAAGCAAAUAUGAAACAGUGAACAAGAAGGGCCCAAAAUUAGCAUUAGGAGGAAGUGAUGCAAAACUGGUGUUCAAGAAAAGAGUGUACCGGCAUGUUCACGAUAUUCCAAAUGACCCUGUGGAAUACCAUCUUUUGUAUGCUGAAGCUGUGAACAAAGUUGUGAAGUUGGAUGAAUUCUCUGUGUCUGAAAAAGUUGCCUUACAGUUGGCUGGUUUGCAGGCGCAAGUGAUUUGGGGCGAGUAUGAGGAGGACAAACCAUUUAGAUACAGUGAAGCUGAGCAGUACUUAACCGGUCGAAUACUUGCCUCUUCUGGUCGUAAUUGGUCGAUGGAAGUUUCAAGAGCACACAAGCAUUUUGGAAGUGGAAAAACAGAACUUGCAGCAAAAGUAUGGUAUCUGACAUGUGUGAAACAGUUUCCUUUGUAUGGAUGUACACUAUUUCCGAUUGUACACAGAGGACUGUGGUCUCAUACCAGUGAUGCUCUUUUGGCUGUGAACAUGGAUGGCAUCAAAUUUGUUAGAGCUAAAGACAAAUCUGUCAUAACUGACUUUUUCUUCUCAGAUAUUGAAUCCGUAUCUAUGGAUCCCAAUGACAAUUACAUUACUUUAGAAUUGAAGAACCAAAUCCAGACAGAAAGUCCACAACAGACAUAUAUGUUUGAGACAAGCUUCAAAGAAGAUGUUGGCCUACUGAUUGCAAGCUACUCACCCUCUCAUGCCUCAUGGAUACGAAUGGACUUUGAGAGUAUGAAAAAGAUAAAGAUGACUGAUGAGGAAAAGCUGAAAGUCUAUGAGGAAAUAGUUCGUUGUCGGAGGGCUCUUUCAGAAUCACGCUUGCUUCAACGUCCACUGCAAGACAGCAGUUCCAGUUUCCUAAGAAACACCCUUCGAAGAUUGACAAAGACAAAACUUGAAAGACUCCGAACAUAUGCAACAUCUUCGUCAGAAAGUGGCCAGUUUAAUGUUAACUACUGGUCAUACAGCAAAAGUCCACUCCGUCAAGCCCUCACAGUGAUCCAUGACCCAUCAGUGGAGGAAGUAGCAGUCAAAAUGUUUAACUCCAUUUUAGUCUAUGCAGGGAUUGAAGAUUCAAGUGCAGGUGAUUCACAUGACAACACUGGAAUGAUACAGAACUUGAUGCUAAAGUGCCUUGAGAAUGACCACCUUUGUAAUGAGUUCUACAUGCAACUGAUUAAGCAAACAACAGAUCACCCUGAUCCUAACAGUCAAGUUAAUGGUAGAUGCUGGCAGCUCAUGUGUGUGGCAGCUGGGGUGAUGGCACCGGCAAAUACAAGAGUGCUGAAAUACUUGCAGGUGCAUCUUAAGAAGUGUUCUCUUGACACCACGACAGAAGAAGGCAAAUUUGCAAGAUUCUGCUUUAAGACUCUUUCCAGAACCACAGAUGCAAAGAGAAGAACUUUCCCACCAUCCAAACAAGAAAUUAACUGCACCAUUCAAAGACGGCCUAUAACUGAGCAUAUCUACUUCCUGAAUGGUGAACAUCGCAUCAUUGAGUUUGAUUCUGCAGCAGUAUGUGGAGAACUCACUAAAAUGGUGAAGGUGAAAAUUGGAAUGCGAUCAGAUGCUGAAGGAUUUGCUAUGUAUGAAGUUAUGAGUGGUUCAGAGAGAUGCAUGGCAGUAGAUGAAAGGCUGUCUGACACGCUGAGCAAGUGGGAAAGACUGUCACGAAGUGGAGCUGUUAAGGACCUGAAGCUUAUUUUCAAGAAACGAUUGUUUAUCAAGCCUUACAUUAACUCUGGAGACCCAGUUGAGUGUGAUCUUGUGUUUCACCAGCUGCUUGAAGAUGUGUUUGAAAAACGGAAGCCAAUUUCCACUCAAGAUGCGAUUCACCUGUGUGCAUUGAAAGUGCAGUCAGAGAUAGAAGACAUGAGGAGUGGAGAGAUUGACUACAGUUCUGUGGUCAGGAUACUACCAAGGGAUUUGAGGAUGACAAUAAGACUUGAAGACAUCUCCACAACUCACAAAACUGUGCUUGAUAUGAGUCCUCAGAAUGCUGUGUUAUCAUUUAUUCAGGUCCUCAUGGCUUGGCAACUAUUUGGAGCAACAGUCUUUGAAGUUGGGCAAACAUAUACAUCUGCUCUUCCCAAAACACUACUGUUGGCCGUUGACAAAGAUGGAAUACAUCUUCUGGAGAGCAAGACCUUUAGAGAGCUUGCUGCAUACAGUUAUUCAGAGAUUGUUCACUCCAGUCCUGCCAUCAAAAGCAUCAUGAUAGUCAUUGGACAUGUUGCCAAGGGAACAAAGUUUAUGUUUAAUACGAACCAGGCAUCUCAGAUUGAGCACCUGAUGAAAGACUAUGUUGAUGAAUUACAAGUACAGGGUCUACUGCUGCCAACAGAGGGCACCCAACGCAUGUCAAGACUUGUUGACAUAGAUGAGUUUGAAAGGCAGAGAAACAGUUCACAAAACACUGUGAUCCUUGCACAAAGGCAGGAGUAGACACCCCAAAAAAGUGCUCACAUUUUUGGGGAGUUUGGAUGGAUUUUGAAACCAUAAAAUCCUCAUGAAGUCACCUAAACACUUUAUAUUUUAAUUUUCUGAUGUAAUGGAUUAUAAUUCAUUACUAGAUAGAUACUUCCUGAACAAGAUAUAUCAGAAUAAAUUUUGUAAUAUUCUAUCAGAUUCGCUUGUCUUUACACCUUUUGUAAACUGCUUAGCAAUAUAUGUUGCAUUCCUUUCCUCCUUCCAGUCAUUCAUACCUUAUCAAUAUUGAAGACAAUGACAUAUUGUGUGUGAACAUCAAAUUUGGGUAAAUAUUGUAUUUCAGAAAAAUGUACAUGUGAUUUUUUUAUGCCAUACAUCAGACAAGACUCUCUAUAUAUGAAGAAAGUUACAAUUAGUAAUUUACUUUUUGGAGACGAUAUGAAAUAUACCAUUCACUGUGAUCUGUCAAAGUAAUAUCAGAAUAAACCUGUGUUUUCAUUCA